AUGCAAUGUUGAACCACAGAGGCACCGCAAAGGCACUGAAAAUUGUUGCACCUCUGGGAAGAAAUUUCGAAGCUCUGGGCGCAUCUUCUCUGGCAUGCUGACACUACUUGACCAUCAUCAUUGUCUGUAACAUAUAUAUUUAGCCCGUAUAUCAGCAAUCGUGAAUUGAUCGCCGACACGCGCAACUCACCUGUGCCGAGGAGCCCAUCGGGUCACUGAAAUCCAGCGAAUGCGGUUCAGAACAGCAGUGGCAUGGAGAUAGAGGAAUGGAUUACGUAGCUGUUUACAAGGGGGAUGAACGGCCGCAAGGACAUGGUGGCAUCUGGCAGGGUUGGACCUAGAGGAUAGCCUGCCAUAAUGGGCAUCCGCGAGGCCUGGAAUGCCUGUUGGGACCAUGCAAACGAUCACAUUGGAAAAUCAGCGGUGGGGAGAUACUUCCAGUUGGAGGAGAGGAGGAGCACCUUCACGCAAGAGCUGCGGGCCGGAACUGUCACAUUUCUCACUACUGCCUACAUCCUCGCUGUGAAUGCGCUCAUUCUCUCGGACACCGGCGGCCCUUGCAGCGCAGACGACUGCACAGGGCCUGAGAAGGGAAACCAGGAUUGCGUGUACCCAGAUGACUACGGAGUGACAAACAUCGGAUACAUGACAUGCGUGGCGGGGGUACGGCAGAGUUUAGUGACGGCGACGGCUGCCAGCUCAUGCAUAGCCUCGCUGCUGAUGGGCAUAGGCGCCAAUCUGCCGGUGGCAUUGGCCCCCGGCAUGGGCCUCAACGCCUACUUUGCCUACAACGUGGUCGGCUACAGAGGCAGCGGCAAAGUGAGCUAUCAGACAGCGUUGGCGGCGGUAUUUGUGGAGGGGUGGAUCUUCAUCAUUCUGGCUGUCACCGGCCUGCGCCUGCGCCUGAUCAGGCUGGUGCCCAAGUCCAUCAUGCUCGCCACAUCAGCAGGCAUUGGCCUGUUCCUGGCGUUCAUAGGGCUGCAGAGCACGGAGGGGUUGGGGGUCAUCUCCUACGAUCCAGCCACCCUCGUAAGCCUAGGCGGCUGCCCGGCACUGAAGCAUGAGUACGCGUACGUGAUCGACAACCCCCUGACGGUGUGCUCGGUCACCAACGGCGUUCCCGUCACAAAUCUGCCGCCGCCGUCGUCCAACUACGCGUGCGUGGGGGACAAGAUGGAGAGCGGCUCCAUGUGGCUGGGCAUCGCUGGGCUCAUGAUCAUCGGCAUCCUCAUGUCUCGUAGCUUCAAGGGCUCCAUCGUCAUCGGGAUUGCCUUUGUUACGGUCAUUGCAUGGAUACCGGGCCACGCUGCCUCCUAUUUUGGAAAGGCUUCUACCAUUCCCGGCGGGCAGGAGCGCCUGCAGUACUUCAAGAACGUGGUGGACUUGCCGACGCUGAAGUCCACAGGCAUGGCCAUUUCAUUCGCCGGUUUCACCUCGGGCGAGCUGUGGAUAGCGCUCGUGACGUUCCUGUACGUGGACUUCCUGGACACCACUGGCACGCUCUUUUCCAUGGCAAACUUCAUCAACAACUACGUGCCCGGCUUUGUGAACGAGAAGAAGGAGUUUCCGAGGCAGAUGAUGGCCUUCUGCAUGGACGGCAUCGGCUCCAUCAUUGGCAGCCUCAUGGGCACAUCGCCCAUUGCGGCCUUCAUCGAGUCGGCCUCCGGCAUCCGCGAAGGCGGCCGCACCGGCCUCACCGCCGUCUGUGUCUCCGCCUGGUUCUUCGUCGCGCUCUUCUUCACGCCCGUCCUCUCGAACGUGCCGCCGUACGCGAUCGGCCCGGCGCUGAUAACGGUGGGGGCGCUGAUGAUGAUGAACGUGGUGCGCAUCCGCUGGGAGCAGUCUGCGGAGGCGUUGCCCGCCUUCAUCACCAUCAUAUUAAUGCCCCUCACCUACUCCAUCGCCUACGGCAUCAUCGGCGGGCUGCUGGCGUACAUGAUUAUACACAGCGCGAACUGGAUCAUCGACAAGGUCAGCGAGUUCGGCCACUGGACUAUGACUGGCACCGACACGGACGUCCCUGUCAUCGUGGACCGCUCCUUCAUCGGCCGAGUUGCUUCCAACACCGGCACUGCCGGCCUGGUGCGCAGCCCCGCUGAAAUUGUGAACUUUCUAUGA